AUGACGGACCGUCUAAAACAGCUUCUUGACGACGAGCAAUGGAGAGAAGUGAAUGUUAUCAACAACUAUUCUGUGCUGAUGGGCUACCUAUCCAUGGCCGUCAAGGGUUUGGGCUUUCUCGUCCUUACUUGGACCACGGUCGUACUUCUCGGUGGCUUCGUCUCUAUGCUCCAUAAAAAGGAUUUUUGGUGUUUGGCAUUCAUCACCCUUGUACAAACAGCUGGGAUCUUUGAUGUUGUUCUCAAUGAAAAACUAAGCUAUAUCACGGAAGCAAUAUUUUCAUCGUUCUCGGUUGGAUUGGAUGGCGUGGAUGGCAUCAUUCAAACUGAAAUUGACAUAAACAUGAUGGAAUCUUAUCUCAGUUUGUUGGCUUUGACUCUGGCUUUUCUUCUAAAAUUUUUAUUGGCAUGUAUUUUUACGUUAGUUCACGUACUAGUGUUGGUCGUAGUAUUGUGCCCUUUGGCAGUUAUAUAUGUGCUCGGGAUAUCCAUCUCUGGAGGAAUUUCAUUGUGGCGUCUGAUAGAGCACGAUUACUCCAACUCGGAAUCGAAUGGAGAAGCAUCCAAUCUAUCUCCAGCAAUGCACACCUUGUACUAUCUUGCUCUGCUGCAAGGAGUGCUCUUCUUCUAUAGAUUCCUCUUGCGUCGGAUGACAAACUCGUUGGUUAGGGAUGUGGCAGAUGAUAAAUAUAAAUGCAAUCCCUCGGAUGCUCAAGUGGUUUAUGACUACUUGUGCGAAACAAGGAGGGGGUGUGAAAAGGACCCCUCAUUUAUAAAGGGGAGGAACCUCAUCACAGUUGCUGUAGACAAGAUCGGUUCCAAUUCUCCUAUUGACUGUAUUGCCGGAGUGAAGAUGUUAUACACAUCCAUAUGCAUUGUGGAGAGGAAACUAGAGCGUACCAUACAAGGUAGUGCUGACUAUCACGAACAGCAGGACAUUCUCAGUGGGCAAGGCAUGCUUAUGAAGCAUUUGAUCUUGCCUACAUCAUCCUCGAGACAUGUACUGAACAAACUGCUGGAGACGCUGGAUUCAAAAGGCAUACAUGACAGGGAUGCAAGGUACCAAGCUGCGGUGAUAGUGGAGCGCCUUGCAUUCAGUAUAUUUUUGGAGGAGUUUCCUCAGGGGAUUCAACACAUAUCUUCCCUGAUCAUGCCACUCCAAGAAUACACUAUAGCUGAGCCAUACCAACAAGAAUAUGAGAAACAUUUGUUUAUGACCCAUUCAGUAACCGGUGGUGAUGAUGCCACUGGUGAACUUCGGAAGGAAUACAAGGCAUUGUUGCAGCAAGGCAUGUGUAUCCUCCAAAAGCUUGCAGCAAAUGGGAAGAAUUGUAGAGUCAUUAACAACACCCCAGAUUUGGUAUCCAAGAUCAUGGCGCCUCUGACUUAUGACCUACUCCACCACACCACCAAAGAUCAUGGUACAUGGUCCGAUAUAGUGGAGGGGUCAGUGAAAGUGUUGGGACAAUUAACUAGUGCUUCAGGCGAAACUGGGACCAAACUUCGUCGUGAAAUCUCUAGUUGUGAAGAAGCAAUCAGUACUCUGAUGAGGAUUCUUAGCUGUAAUAAAUGUAAUGAAGAGCUACAGCAAAGAGCCAUGUGGGUUCUCACAAAUCUGUACAUGGAUACUACUGAAAGCAAUGGAUCGAAAGAUUCUAUUGUUCAAGAAAAAGAAAGAAGCUACAGAGACGAAUUUGUUAGGAUGUUGGUGGACAUCUUCGUGAAAGAUAACAAGUGUAGCUCCUCUAUCAGAGAAUAUGCUGGGGAAGUACUGUCGAAGAUAUGUUUCCAUGGGAGAACAAGUGAUGCCAAAAUUGUCUUACCAACAAGUGACCAUGUUAAUAAUCUCACUAAAGUACUUCUACAAGACAAAAACAAGACAUGUAAACAAGCAGCAGCUGAAAUCCUCAACCAUCUGUUUGCUCAUUACAUCAAGGAUGAUGGAUACCUUGGAAAACUUAACAAAGCAAUACUCGAGGUGAUUGGCGAAAUUCUUUGUCGUGGAGAUGAAACAUCUAAUGAAAAAAUCCAGCUGGCCAAACCAGAAACCGACAAAGAAAGCCCAGUUUAUUAUGGUCUGGGCAAAGGAAUUAGCUCUUCAACCUCCUCUGGUGGGCAAAACAAUGAGAAAAAUGUGAAUGGAGAAAUACUUCUUUGUGAAUUUGAAACACGUAAUGAAAACCAUGGUUCCGACAAGCCAGAAAGUGACAUAGAAAGCCUACUUGAUAAUGGCCAGGGCAAAAGAAUUAUCUCUUCUUCCUCCUCUCAUCUACAAAACGAUGAGAAAAGGGUGUUUAGAAAAACAUUUAGUUCUAUACGCAAAACACAUAAAGAAGAAGACAAGGAAGAUGUGUCUGGCAAACAAAAAAUUGAUAGAGAAAGACAAUGUGAUGGCACAAAAGAAAUCAAUGAGCAGGACAAGGUGGAAGAGAGAUUCCAGGCAGUCAUGAAAUCAAAUAUGUCAGCGAACUUGCUAUCAUCCCUGUUAUCCCUUUGUGGCAUGGUUGUCUAUGACAUGAUGCCAGACCACGAUUUAGCACCUUUGUUGGAUGCACCUAGCUUUCUUAACAAACUCAAGGAUGUGGUAGUGAAAAAAGGUGACCAACCCAAAGUCGAAAACCUGCUACUGUGUAAGGCUAUCAGUAAGAUGGCCAUAUUACUGAUGGGACACAACUGCCGCAUGCUCAUCAAACCAGGGGACCUUGAGAGCUUGAUACAGGCACUCUCUAGUGCCUCCAAGAACAUGCUUGAUCUUGACCACUCCAUGGUAUUCCACUGUGCCAACCGACCCUUUGCAAUCACACCGUCGAAGGUUGACAGGUAUACCCACGUAACCACGCCUUCGAAGCUUGACAGGUGUACCCUUGCGUCCCUCGUGAAAAAACUGCAUGAUAUGGUGCCAUCUACCUCUAGCCAAUAG